CCUCGCCCAGGCCGGGAGGCGGAGCGGAGGGCGCGGGCUCCCGGCCAGAUGGCGCGGCGAUGCAACCCCGGGGAGCUCCGCGGCGCUUGCUUCAAGGAGACGUUCCUGGAGCCGCAGCUGUAAAGGCAAUUGGCCGUAAAUCCCAUCAGAGUACAUGCAGGCUCGCUCGUGGAAAUCAUUCCCUCUGAAGAAACUUUGUCUCCUGUUUCUGAGCGAAGGCGCCGUCUGCUCGGGGCGCAGCUCUUCCUUCUCCGCCGCCGCUCGCCCCGGCCACGAACUCCUCCCUCGACUCGCAGGCGGAGACACAGCCGAGGAGUUCUUCCCACGCAGCGGUCGAGGAAGCCGGCCCACUUCGUCGGAGGGAGAGCGCGCCGGCCGCCGUGCCAGGUAAGCCCCCCAAAGCGGAGCAGAAUUGAGCGGAGGGCUUCGUGGCCUUCGUGGCCGUGGGAGCGCGUGGGGUCGCAGACUCGAGCUUGGGCUCGGACUCGGCCUCACUGCUCCUCGGAACAAGAGAAGAAAGAUCCGGAUUCCAAAGGAUCUCUAGGAUUCCUGGUGGAGAAAACGGAUUGGCAGUCUGACCUGCAACCUGCAGCGCAAGAGGCCCAGGAACGAGGCGUGUCCUCUUCGUGCUGCCUUUGGCAGAUGCCGCCGUUUCCUCGAAGUCAGGGAUGGGGCAUCGGUGGCCCUCGGGGGCCGGGGCGGCCCUGCCCACAUGGCCAGUGGCAAGGGUCAAGGGGAGCCGAAGUCGAACAGCCUCUAGAGCGCCUGGAGGUCUCCAUCUCUGCUCUGGACCACAGUUUCCCCCUGUGUAGUUCUGAUAGCCCAUUCUGGGGACACCAAAACUCCAAGCAAGUCAGCUAACAGAACUUUAUAUUUGUGCCUGGGCUCAGGCUUCUACUCCACUCAGUCGUCUUUUAGUCACAGCCCUCUGCCCUAAAACAGCAAGUGAGAAGGCUAUUAUUAAUACUAGAAGCCUGCAUCCAAACAUUAACUGGUUGGCUCAACUUAAUGUGCAAAUUCGGGCCUCCACCCCUUUUCUUGGACCUUGUAGCCCUCUUGGGGUUGCCAGGUCAAAAUACGUACAGCAGUGGCAGAAGAAACCACAACAAGCAGAUUAAUCUCCAUUCAUGCAGUGAACAGAGUCACUGUUCACUAUCCCCAGUGUCCACACAUUGAGUGUGGAUGUCCAUAGGCUUCUGCCCAGGGGUGUAGACAUAAUUUCCACAGGAACUGAAACCCCAACUGCACAGGGUUCCAGCUUUCAUAGAAACUGAAGGGAUAUGUGUGGACCUCUUCACCUUUAUCGUGUGUGCAGGGGAAUGCAGUAGUCCAGUGCUCCCACCUGCAUCUGUUCUUGGCAGUGAACUUCCACCCUUCCAUCACCAUGAUUACUAUUUGUAUUUGCAUACCAGCCUUCCUCCCAUCAGAGCCCAGGGGCGUGUAUAACGUCAUUAAAAUACAAUAAUCUCAAAAUAUUAAUUAAAAACCAUGUGUCUGUUAAGAAUAGGAUUCUAGUUUAACACAGCCCACAAUACUGCAUCAUCUAUGAGGUUUUGCCACCGCCCUCCUUCCUUGGCUCCUCUGUGCUUCCACUCCCCACAGUUUUCUUUGGUCCCUGCUUUUCAAGCACUCUGUCUCUUGUCCUGACCCAGACAAGGCCCUUCCUUCUCCCUGGGCGCAUCAUAGGGCCCCUCCCGGUCUUUGUGGAGUUUCUUCAGCGUUCUUAGCUCAGUUAAUGUUUCCGUGGCCCUUUUCCUCAAGCAGCAAGGGGGCUGGAGAAGGAUUGCCCUUACCUUUUGUGCAGCCCCACCCCCUGCUGUUGGUUUUUAGAAAGUAAGGGAGGGCAUAAUGUGGCUAAAAUUAGGGCACUGAAGCAGCCAGCAUUAUCACCUCCAGACUCACCAGCAUGGCCAGUGUCCAGGGAUGGUGGGAAUUGCUGUGUGAGCUUGUGUAUUUUAGGAGGGUCGCUCUCCCUUUCCCCUCAUGAGACCCAGGCCUCUUUGUCUGCUUCUUUGUAUCCCAAGACUUCUUACCACACCACAGCUACCUCUUGCCUGGGGCUUUAAUUACAACCAAACUGACCAGUUCUCUUCCCUCAUAGACAUUGUUCUGGUUCAUGUCAGAGGUGUGAUGCAGUACAAAUUAAUAAUAGUCAAUGGUGCUUAAGAAAUAGAUUCUUAGAAUCAGAGAACUGUAGAAUUGGAAGGAACCACAAGGGUCAUCUAGUCCAACCACUUGCAAUACAGAAAUCUUUUGCCCAAUGUGGUCCUGAGAUUAAGAGAGUCAUGCUCUUCCAAGUAAGCUGUACAUCAUGGACACUGUACAAAAGUGGAAAGUGACAAACCCUGCCCAUCAGUGAAUGAAUGAGCUCCAGAAGAGGCACAAACUAUAGUUCUCUUAGUGUUAAAUAAUUUUAUGUAAAAUGUUUUUGAACUGCACUUCAUCUUUGCAAAUAUCAGGGCAGCACCCAGUGGACAUGACUAAAGUAAUCAUGCCAGAAUAAAAUGCAAUAAUACAAAAAAUGAAAUAAGUAAAACCAAUUCUGAAACACUGAAUGUAGGAGAACAGACAUAUAGGAUGAUGACUAUUUUAAAUGCCUGGGCAAAUUAAAAGGGUGUUACACAACUGGGGCACCACUCCUUUGUUGCUGCCUAAUGCACCUCCUUUGGCAAAGGAACUCUGGGAAGGACCUUUGUGGACAUUCUUGGCCAGCCUGGGCAGAUUGAAAUAGGGAGAGGUAUUUGGGUCUUAAGUCAUUGAGGGUUUCAAGGUAAAGAUGCCCACCUGGAACUGGGCUCUAGUAACUAGUACAGCUCUUUGAGAAUAAUAUGAUGCCAUCUAGCUGUGGCAGUUUGCAUUCUGCCUGUUAUAUUCUGCAUUGGUUGCGACUUCUGGGACGUCUUCACAGGCAGCCGUAUGUAAACACUGUGAAGCAACUGGGGGAGCAUGGAUCACUGUAGCCAAGCUAUUCCUGUCCAGAAAAUGCAACGCUGCUGCUAAAGGGUAUGAUCCUGGAUCAAGAAGUCUCCUCAGCUGUGCGCCUGCUUUUUCAGUGCAAGGCCAUCUGGAAUGGAUGGCGCACCCAUUUCCUGGCCAGUGAGAAGCACCCCUGUGCUACUGUCUUGUCAGGAUGUCUUAUGGCUUUUCCCUCAACUUGUUAGUCCUUCAGAUUCUUCAAGCAUUAGGAGAAAUGCCAUAUAAAUCACAGGAUAUUGUUCUUAGAAUGGCUUAUUCAGCCACCACAUUUCCCCCAGGAAAAUUAAGUGUGAUGUAUUAAUAAUAAUGUAAUGUGUGACUCUGUCUCACACAUCAGGUAAUUAUGCUAUUUUUUAUAAGAAGGGUGUGGAUCCCAGCCCGCCCCCUUGCCCUCAGUGGAUUUAACACAAUCUUAUCUGUUAUGGAGACACCCUUUAAGUCAUAUAAAGUUAUUUUCUUAGCUGUAUGUGCUGAAUUGCCCUGUGAUAGAAAUCUGUUGACACACCCAGUAAUCUGACCCACCAGAAGGAAGUAUUGCUUUAUAAUAUGGAGUGGUUGGGUUGGAUCUGGAGUCACUUCCUUUUCCUUUUCUGGCAGAGCUUUGGAUCCGCUUAACUAUGAAAUAUUGUUACUGUUAAAAUAGUUAAGUAUUGUUAUAGCUCGCUUCCUGGCAAGCAGAAAUUCAGCAAGCAAAGAGCUCUCUGUCUUGAGGAAAUGCAUAUCUAUAGCUGUUUAAAAAGUGCAUGAGGCCUGCCAGAAAGGAAUAUGGGAAAGGAGUACAGAAAUGUUUUAAUAAGUUUAAAACUCCAUCUGACUUGGAUACUUGUUUUGUAAGGGCGCUUGGUGGGAUGUGCCUGGGAGGAGAGGAGCGGGGGAGAGUGGGGGAGGCCCAGUUACAGGGGUUCUAAGUAGGGGGAGGUAUGGUGAGGGGCAGGCUGGGUGAGGGGCACACACAGCCGUGUGCCAGCCCCUCCUCCAACCUGGGGCAGCCCUCAGGUCUGUGACUGCUGCUGUUGAGCGCCAGGGCAGCCCAGAAUAAAAUCUCCCUCAUCCAUGAUCUGAUUAUGGAUGGGGAGGCUGAUCUGGCAUGUAUCACUGAAACUGGGUGGGUGAACAGGGUGGAGUUGGUCUCACCCAGCUGUGCCCACCUGUGUGAGUGUCUGGAGGCAGUUGGAGGAUGGAUGGCGGCUAACAGAUUGAGGUUGAAUCCUGACAAGACAGAAGUUUUUGGUGGGGCAGGUGUGGAGGACUCCCUGGUCCUGUGCCCCUGAAGGACCAGGUAUGCAGCCUGGGACUCAUUCUGGACUCACAGCUGUCCAUGGAGGUGCAGGUCAAUUCUGUGUUCAGGGCAGCUGUUUAUCAGCUCCAUCUGGUACGCAGGCUGAGACCCUCCCUGCCCGCAGACUGCCUUGCCAGAGUGGUGCAUGCUCUAGUUAUCGCCCGCUUGGACUACGGCAAUGCACUCUAUGUGGGGCUACCUUUGAAGGUGACCCGGAAACUACAACUAAUCCAGAAUGCGGCAGCUAGACUGGUGACUGAGAGUGGCCACCAAGACCAUAUAACACCGGUCCAAAAAAUCUUCAGUGGCUCCUAGUGCGUUUCUGAGCACAAUUCAAAGUGUUGGUGCUGAUCUUUAAAGCCUAUUUACUCCUACCUCCAGUGCCCACCUUCUCUUCCUUUGUCUCUCUUGUGCUGAUUUACAGAUUGUAAGCUCCUCAGUGCAGAGGUCUAUCCUGCUAUAUUAUGUAAAGCAUUGUGCAGAUUGAGGAUGGUAGAAAAAUAAGCAAAUAAGCUUAUCAAAUAAGCAAAUAAGCAAAUAAAUGUUAUGUAGCCUAAAUCAAGUGUAACAAUCGCUCAAGUACAAGUGUGCCCAGGAGUUCUCUCCUUUCUUUUCUCAUACUCCAAGUCCAUAAGAAAGGUUUCAGGAGCUUGGGUAAACCACAGUUUUCUGUGACAUUCAAACUGGGAAACUCUGGUUUAUUCUCUACUAUAAACCUGCAUAUAAUCCAGGAUAAAUGAAAGCAUCUUAUCUGACCUGGGCCUGCAUCACUUCAUCACUCGCCCCAGUGACAUGGUAAUUUCUGUAUGCCGGGCUGUUGAGAAAGGCAUUAGAUGAAGACAUUAGAUGAACUCUCACCUGAACUACGUGGGAGAUGAUGAUAAAUUAUGAUAAGGAUUCUACCCCCCCCCCCCCGGACAAUAUGUAUGAGGCUGGAACAAAGGAAUUUGCUUCACAAACAAGGCGCAGGCUACAACAAAAUAUUAAAGGUACUGAAUGUUCCUAGAGACUUUGGAUGCUUCAAGUGGGGAAACACCUUGAACCAUCUGUUUUGUUGAGCUAUUUCAAUUGUUUUUGUUUGAUUUGCUCAUUGCAAAUAGCAGAAAGUCUGUAAAUUUUGAUAAUAAACCCAAUUUGCAAUGGGGGUUGAAUGAUUUCAGUUGCAACUGUAGUCCAAAGCACCCUAAGAUUGCAACUCGCAUUUCUCCCCCAAUCCUCUCAAGCUCUCCCUUUACCUCUUUCCUCUGGCCCUGCGCUUGUGCCUUUCAAUGUAUAACGUAGAUAUACAUUAAAUGUAUAUAACAUUUUAUUGGGUAUUCUGCCUACAGCACUCCUUAAAGUAACAUGGGCAAGAAGGCAAUUCAGAGUAUUUUAGUACAUAAACAAACUGAAGGAAGCCUUUCUGGCAAGCUCUCUUUGGGAAAGUGGAUUUUCACAAGAAAUCCAGCUACUUUGGUGAAAUCUGCCUCGGGUCUAGGAAAGAAGGAAGGAGAGGGCCCAAGCACAUCCUUACAUUCUUGCCCCACCUGUGCUCUGAAGACUGCGCAAAUACCACCUAUGUGGUGUGAGUCACACAUCCCUGAGGUGGUGGUGGUGGUUGUUAUGCCUUCCACCUGACUCACACCUGAGCAGAAUGGAUGGGACAGGAGGCAAGACCUUCAGUGGAGUCCUGGUUCAAUGAAGCAGGAGACCUUCCAGAAUGUCCAAGAGCUACUAAAAUUACAAUAAAACCUGCAAGAAUCUGACACUGAGCAGCUGGGUAAAGAUCAGCUGUAAUUGCUUGGUUUAAUUUUUUUUAAGACAAAUUUUUAUCAUUGUUGCUUUUUUUAAUGCAAAUGCACAUCCAAAAACUAGUAAACACUUAUCCAGCAUUCAACAUUCAGACAUAUUACUUUAUGUAACCUCUCCACUGAGAAUAUUGAGCAGUUGGUACGAGAUCUUGAUUUUGGUCAUUAACCUAGUAAAAGAAAGGGGUCCACGUUCCAUGGAAAGUGUCUCUAUUUGUUAAGCCUGAAAUUGUCCUCCUAUGUCUGGUGAGACGCUCAGACAUUGCUGUAUCCCAGAUAAUAUUUUCGCAUAUGUUCAUGGGUUUUUCAGUCUGGUUCUUCCAAUGCUGAGCUAACUUGUUUGGUUUAAUAAAAUUAAUAAUAUAAUGCAACAAAACAUGUCUUUCCCAAAUUGGUCUCUACAGCCACAACAAGUUCUGUAACCUUCCAACAGUGUGACUUCACCCCCAAAGGCGCAACUCCUCCAUUGUCUCCCAAGACAGAUGGAUGCCAGUUCUCAGUGUAUUUAAUUGCCACAAACCUGGUGGGAGCCAGACCUAGCAGACUCCAGUUUGUGAUAGUCUUGUAAAAUUGUGGGUCUCAAAUGCAGAAAAACUUCAGAAAUCUUGAAAUAUGUUAUCUGAGAGUGUCAGGACAUUAAAAUACAAUCAGAAGCAAAGCUGGAAGAGUUAAAUGUUUUAUGCUACUGUGAGGAUAAGAGCCCCUCAUUAUAUCCCCUUUCCUUCACUAUUCUCACUAUCCUUCCCCUCCUUUUUCAUCCCUGCACUCAUUGUAAGGAUGAUAGUAAUUUUUUUGAAAGACUAGUGGUUCAUAUCUAUGUUGUGUACCCAGAAAAGAAAAAAGUGGCAUGGGAAAGAGAAUGUGUUUAAUUUGCCUUUUUUCUUAAGCCUUAAACAAAUAUGCUCAUCAUGUUUUCAACCAUAUGUUAGAUGUACAUCAGGUGCAAUAAAUAAGAGAUUACAAAUGUAACUAUACCUAGGGAAAUGAUAUGAGGACAGUUCCAAAUUGUUCAUCUGUUCCCGAGCCCUGUAAGAGACAUUCAUAGGAUUACACUGUUAUUCCAUGUGCCAGACUCUUUGAGCCAACACAGCUUCUUUCUUAGCCACAGAUCACUGUGGUGUGAGUGUUGUUCGCUUAGAGGGAAGUGCAGAGGUUCUGCGCCCUUUAAGUGCGGUGUUGAGGCAUGUGGAAACUUGCAUGCAUAUGGGGUUCUCCCUUUUUUGUACGUUCAAUGUCCCGAAUAAAGUACUGGUUUGAGAGUAUGAAUGUCUUGCAUAAAACCCCCCAAAAAGCAGAUCUCUGAGAAGUUAAUGUAUACCUCUUGAUUUGCAACAAAUGAAGCCUGUGGUUUUUCAUGAGCUACAUGAAAAGCAAAGUACUACUGCACACAAUGCAUAGUUGAGCUGUGGAAUUCACUCCCAAAGGAUAUGAUGGCCAUCAACUUGGGGUGCCUUUAAAAGAAGAUUAGAGAAAUUAAUGGAGCACAAGGCUACCAAUGGCUACAAAACCUGAGGGUGAUGUUCUGUCUCCAGUGUCAGAGGCAGUAUUCCUCUGCAUAGCAGUUGCUUAGAAUCACAAGUGAGGAGACGGCUGCUAUUGCACUUGAGGCCUCAUAAGCGUCUGACCACCUUGAGAGCAGGGUGCUGGACUCAAUGGGCCUUUGAUUUUAUCCAGCAGCACAUUGACCUGUGUGCAUCCUUUUUCUACUCUUAACAUUAAUUUGGUUGUUUUAGUUCAGAUACCUGCUUUCAGGGCUGUAUGGGGUGCAAAGGGAAGUGUUGUGCGUCUGGUGGGGGACAUGUCAUGCUCCUUCUGGAGUCCUCACCCUGCACUCAGCUCUCACCUGUGGCUCCUAGAAGCUGUCAGCAUGCAACAACGGCCACACUCUGGGAAUAGCUUCAACUGGCCAGCUAAACCAGGUGAGGGUAGCCAACGGGUCUCAAACCCUCAGUGAGUUAGGAACUUCCCCUGCAUGGGAAGACCGGCUCUGGCGGAUUGAGCAGACGAGACCAAUAGUGGAUCUAACCAUCAAGAAGGCGGUUUCUGCACAUGCUGUAGAGGGAAGUGAGGAGCAUCCACCUGAAAAGGUAGCCCACCUAAGAGAAGGAAAACUCUGACCUUAAACAUUCACUGUCUUGUGGGAUAUCUUUGGGAGAAGGAAAGGCUAAGGAGUAAGUCCUCCUUUUGGCAACUCCUGCAGCCAACCUGGUGCCAACCCAAUUGCUUUGCUUUGCUUUGGACCACAUCAGUGAGACUGAGAGGGUGGUGUCACCUGGCCAGGACCUCCACACUCACUGCCCAGCCUGGCGCCCUGGGGAGGUCACUUGGGUGCUGCUAACACAGCCGUUUGACUUCACCCCUGGAGGCACACUCUGUUGUCUUUCAAGACAGAUGGAUGCCAACAAAUUUCCUUUUAAUUGGUUUGAAAAAUUAAUUAUACGUGAAUAUUAAUGGAAAUGAGAAUUUAUUUUUGUUUGUGGCAUUAAACAGUAAGAUAUUAUCUCAUCAUUUUUUCACUAGAACAAAUGCAAACACCACAGCUUUCUUAAAAUUGCUGUACCCUGAGUUUUACUCACCCUGAUGGUAACAAAAGAACUGUAAGGAGUCUGUCACAGCUAAGGGAAAGAGAUGUCCAUCCGGAUUGCAUGGUGCUCUGCUUGCCUCUUUGCCAUGGCCUUUUAUACCUUGCCAAAGCCAUCCCAAAAUCAAGUGUGUUCCACGGAGAAGAUGGAGAACAUCACUAUUGACAUCAAAGCAGCCUUUUCCAAAGGCAUCCGGGGGCAAGAUCCACUCCAUGCUUCAUCUUGGGAAGCCUGUGUUGAUGUCUGCUGCUUGGGUGCAGGUAAAAACGGUGCUCUUUAGGUGCAUCUACAUUACAGGCUUAAAUUGGUUUGACAGCCAGUCAUUUCCCCACUCUAGGAAACCCUGAGAACUAUUGUCCUGUGUGUGUGUGUGUGUGUGUGUGUGUGUGUGUGUGUGUGAAUUAUAGAGUUCUCAGCACUUACACCAAACUACAGUUCCCAGAAUGGAGGGAGGGGUGAGUAUGGGGAUCCAUGACAGCUAUAGUUGGCAUAAAAUCAGUCUAUGUUUAUCAUAUAGAUGUGUCACUUGACUGCACUUGAAAUGAGCUGGGAUGGACUGAGUUGGAGCUUGCAAUCAAUUGUGGGAGCUCAGAUAUGGCUAGUGCUUUCCUUCUAAUCCCCUCUCCAAAUGUGACUUCUCCCCACCCCUCCUUCAGUCCCAUGUUUCCAGCCACGUGCAGCUAUAUGUCAAGAGCAUCUAUAGUUCUGGAAAUCAUGAAGUACAGAAAAUUUAAUGUUGAGUAUAUUCAAUAAGAGGGCUUAGAGUCUUGCUUUAAUCUGCCCCCUCUAAUAGUUCUUCCAUGAUGCUUACCAGAACGCACCCUGAGCCCCCCUGCCCUGGAGCUACUCCCCACUUCCUGACCCUAAUGUUUCACUCCUUUUCUGCCAGGCUUUGUCCCCUCAGUCUCAGGUUUAAGACUCAGGAGACCUGCCCACUCUAAUCCUCAUCUUGGCUGGUAGUCUCACCACCUAGCCUUUUCAAAGCAGCUACGUCUUGCACACAUGGGGAGCAGAUGCUCCCAGAGUUCAUAUUCAUGCUGCUUUUAGAAAGCCAAGUUCACAGCUGCUGACUAGGAUGAAUCAUAGAAUAAUAGAAUUAUGGAGUUGGAAGGGACCCAAGGGUCCUCUGGUCCAACCCCCUUCAAUGCAAGACUCUCAACUAAAGCAUCCAUGACAGAUAGUCAUCCAAGCUCUGCUUAAAAAUCUCCCAGGAAGGAGAGUCCACCAUCUCUAAUGGGAGUGUUCCACUGCCAAACCUGUCAGAAAGGUUUCCAAAUGUUUAGUCAGAAUCUCUUUUCUUGUUACUUGAGGCCAUUGGUCCUACCCUCCAGAGCAGGAGAAAACAAGCAUGCUCCCUCUUCCAUGUGAAAGCCCUUAAGAUAUUUGAAGAUGGCUAUCAUAUCUCCUCUCAGUCUCCUCUUUUCCAGGCUAACCAUACCAGCUCCCUCAAGGCUUGGUUUCCAGACCUUUGAUUAUCUUGGUUGCCCUCCUCUGCACACGUUCCAGCUUGUUGACAUCAUUAAAUUGUGACGCCCACAAUUUGUGAUUGUCAUCUAGUCCAGUCCCCUGCAAUGCAGGAAUGGAUUGGUGAGUGCAUAGCUAGUAACAGUUGAGUCUUUUCCUUCUCAGUAUGGGACACAGCCGGCUGCUGGUGUGGUUUUUCAACCUAAUCUACCUCACAGGGUAUAUGAGUGUACAGAAUGGGAGAAAAAGCAGAGGUUGCCUGGUACUCCAGAAGGAGGGUGGGAUAAAAAUGUCACAAAAUAAGUUGAAAGGUUAACGAACCAGUUCCUCUGAGUUUUUUCAGCCUCUCCGCCCAGAGGCAGAUUUGGGGCAGCACCGAGCCAAGGGGGGCUCUGCAGGAUACUGCAACCAUGACAUAGUGCACAGAAUGGAAGGCGAGAGGCAGGGGGCACCAAAUUUGGGGUUUGCACAGAGCACCACUGAAAUUUGAAAGACCAGAGUCUGCCCUGUCAAGUUCAGAGAGGGCACUGGGGAGGAGAAUGAGAGUGGUACCCAUUGCUAGUCCUACUCAGAGUAGACCCAUCAAAAUUAAGGGCCAUGACAAACUUAGUUUCAUUAAUUUCAGUGGGUCUACACUGAAUUGAAUUGGGCUGGAUGCAACUCUGAAUCUCCAACUAACAUUGGGCUGCCCUAAACUCUGGCACUUCUGGAGCCUGACAAAGGUCUGGAAUUCUUCUCAUAGUGAGUGUGACGUCAUGACUGGGCUAUACCACUUCAGAAUGAGGGGAGCUCCACCAUAUGAAAAAAAUAAUUCUCCUUCAUAUAGAAACUAGCCUAUCGGGUAGAAAGCUAGGCUAAUAAUAACGCUGACUAGCUAGCUAGUUACACCCCCACACACACAUGAACGAACGAACUCUGGAAUGGUACAGCCCAGUAACAGGUUUCCUGCCCAAGUGGGAACUAAGCCAGCAAGGUGGAAUAUUGAGGACUAUUCCACUCUAGAUUGAGAUGUCUUAUAAAUAUAUCAGAUAUAAAGUCUCUCCAGUGUUACAGUAUAUUAAGGUUGUGUGUUUGUGUGUGUGUUUUCCAGACAGCAAGAAGUGCAACUAUGUGGUCUUUAAUACCAGGAGCAAAGGAAAUUACACAAAUUGCUACCUGUUCUAUUAUCCCACUAAUGAAACCUUCCUGGUGAGACAAGUGUCAGGAUUGGUGACCUACCGAAUGAUAAAAGGUAAACAAUGAUUUUUAAAAAGAAAAAGUGUUGAUUGAUAGUGGAAGAUUUUCUUGCUUCAUGUUGCUGUUUUAUUAUUGACUGUUUUAUUCAAAGUGCUGGUGCUGACCUUUAAAGCCCUAAAUGGCCUCAGCCCAAUAUACCUGAAGGAGCGUCUACACCCCCAUUGUUCAGCCCGGACACUGAGGUCCAGCGCCAAGGGUCUUCUGGAGGUUCCCUCACUGCGAGAUGUGAGGUUACAGGGAACCAUGCAGAGGGCCUUCUUGGUAGUGGCACCCACCCUGUGGAACACCCUCCCAUCAGACGUCAAGGAAAUAAACAACUAUCUGACUUUUAGAAGACCUCUGAAGGGAGCCCUGUUUAGGGAAGUUUUUAAUGUUUGAUGUUUUUACAGUGGUGCCUCGCAAGACGAAAUUAAUCCGUUCCGCGAGAGUCUUCGUCUAGCGGUUUUUUCGUCUUGCGAAGCAAGCCCAUUGACGGAUUAGCGCUAUUAGCGCUAUUAGCGGUUUAGCGGCUAUUAAAGGCUUAAAGGCUUAGGGGAUUAGCUGCUAAAAGGCUAUUAAAGGCUAUUAAAGGCUUAGCAGAUUAGAUAAAGGGGGAAAGCGAAAAAAAUCUCAAGACUCGCAAGGUAUUUUCGUCUUGCGAAGCAAGCCCAUAGGGAAUUCGUCCUGCGAAGCAACUUCAAAACGGAAAACCCUUUCGUCUAGCGGUUUUUCCGUCUUGCGAGGCAUUCGUCUUGCGGGGCACCACUGUAUUAUAUUUUCAGAUAUGCUGUAAGUUGCCCAGGGUGGCUGGGGAAACCCAGCCAGAUGGGAGGGGUAUAAAUAAUAAAAAUUAUUAUUAUUAUUAUUAUUAUUAUUAUUAUUAUUAUUACCACCACCACCACCACUACUUCAUUAUCUAUACUGCACCCAUCUGGCUGGGUUUCCCCAGCUACUCUGGGCUGCUCCCAGCAGAACACUAAAAACAGAAUAAAACUUCAAAUAUUAAAACUUCCCUAAACAGGGUUAUGUUGAUAUUAUGAUAAAUUUUGAUUUUAUUAUGUAUUGCAAUCUGUUAAACUGAAUCUGUCAAAGAUUCUUUAGCUGUGAUUUCUGCACUGUAGGGGGUUCAACUAAAUGAUCCUUGGGAUCCCUCCAAAACCUACAGUUAUAUGAUUCUAAGAUCAAGUAAGUGUUGUGGUGUGUUCUUGUUUUAGCCAGACCAUUUGCAGACAACACAGCUUCACCAUACCAAUAGGGAUGUUCCACCGAUUGUACAGUUUGUGCAUUGUAGUGUUGUGUUAGAGCAUCUAAGCAUACUUGAUCCUAGGAAAGUUUACUCUUAAGUAACUUCCACCAAAUUUAAUAAGGCUUACUCGCAAGCAAGUGUGCAUGGGAUUGUAGCCCUACCAGGAGGCAAAUCCCAUUGAACUGAAGGCAUGUCUAAACUAUACAUGUGAGCCAGUUUUGAACUUUUUGACAGUAAUGGUUCCCCAGCAAGGGAUUCUGGAAAUUGUAGUUCUGUAUAGGAUUCUGAGUAAUAAUAAUAAUAAUAAUAAUAAUAAUAAUAAUUCCCAACAUUCCUGCAGAAUCUGCAAUCUCUAGGGUUCUUUGUAAGCAGAAUCAGAAUGCGAGUCUCCUCUACUGGGGUGCAGGAUAGUGAUUCUGAAAUAAAUUAAGGGCUCUUCACCCUUAAUUUGUAUUUGUGUGGGGACUUGCUUGUUGAGAGUAUUAACAAAUAAUAAUAUACCUCCUUUCUUCCUUUUUAGAUGCAAAGGUUCCCAUGCCAACUCCUUCUUCAGUUCAGCUCUCCCACCCAAGUGUGAAUGGGAAGUCUGUGUCUGCACUGGCUGCUGUGUUCAAUCCUCACAUCCCAACAAGCCCGCUGCAUGGGUCAGGUCCUUUGCAAAAGCCAAAUCCCUCAAAGAGUGUGGAAAUAUUGAACCACUUAGAUGAUAAACACAUAGAUGAGAUGGAUGGACACUCCCAGCAUCCACAAAGCAGAGGGGCAAAUGGUUCAAAGAGCUUGGGUUCUUCAACAAUGCCUGAACUCAAGAGUUUGUUGUCCCCAAGUACUCCAAAUGCUAUUGAGCCUGGUAUUCCCACUGCGCAGCCCACAGUUAAGUCACCUGCUAUUACCAAUGGCACCCAGCCAGGUACUAUAAUUCCUCACGUGUCUCCUAGAAAGGCAACAACCACUAGGUCUAUUACAGCUUAUCAUAAGAAUGCACCCUGGGCAACUACAAAUCUAAGAAGAAGUACCACUGUUCCCAAGCCAUCUACCACUGCUGGAUCUAGUGCUCGUAGCCUCAGCCCACUGCUUAUGAAGAUUUCUUCUGCUUCUUUACAUGAUGUCCAUCUUGGCAAUGGGCAACAAGGCUUGAAAGGCGAUAUGCUUAAUGGAGAGCCAAGCAAGGUACUUUCCCCUCACUUUGGUGACAAAAGCAUACUUACAGCUGCAUUGCUUUUGGGGGUGGUCUUCUUUCUCUGCGUUACAGUGCUGGUAGGUAGAAAGAUGCUUGAAUCCCUUCAGAGAAGGCGUUACACUAAGCUAGACUACUUGAUCAAUGGCAUGUAUGCGAACAUGUGACAGAGGAAAAACAUGAAGAAGUACAUUAGUGGUAAAUUUGGAAGCUUUAUAGAUGGACUGGAUUUGUCACAGCAGAGAACAUGUUAUCUUUCCUACAAGGUCAAGUUUAAAUGUUUCAGUUCCCUCACGAAUGGAGUUCUCAUGUGGUAUCUUUGCUUGUUUGCAGUGUGUAUCAUGUGUUGGUUGCAUAUCGAAUCCCCUGCUUUCUGCAACAAGAAGUCUGUGAUAGUUUGGCAUUCUAUCCCACUUGCAUAAUAAGGGCAACAUUUACAUUUAGCCAGAGCAGUCUGUGCAGCAGCCAAACUGACCAGACUGACAACCUCUUUCUCUGAAUGGUUGUUGAGAAUAUGACAUGCAGGAAGGGGGUAAUCAGUCUGCCCAAAAAGAGUGGUGAUGUUAGACAUUACAGAAACAGAAGGCAGAACUUAGUUUAAAUACUGUCUGUGUCUGACUGUAUUUCCACACACAGUAAAAAAUCAAUACAAAUAUCUGUGUGAUUGGAGACAAGAUGCCACACAGCACACAAGAGGCUUUCAGAGCAAACCAUUUUCCAUUUUGCUUCUCACACAAAGUGCUAAGUGUAACACUUAGACCAGGCUUCAGUCAAAAUGGGGCAGAGCAAGAUGUUAAAAGAAACACGGGGCCUCUGCUAAGAAUGGGGACUCCCUGCCAUGUUCCUUGUGAUCUCAUUGCAUUGUGCGCUAGGGCCAGUGCAACACGCAGUACAGUGAUGUUAAUUAUGGACGAGUAUCCCAUUUUAGCAGCAGUCCCACAUUAAUAGCAUAUAGCUCUGCCAUGAGGGUUUUCUUAUGGGAAAUAUUGCGUCAUCAUUUGCUGUAACAAUUAAUUUUGAAAAAAUAAACCCAAGCACAAUUUAGAUAACAUUUCCCCCUUUAAAAACAUUGUUUAGUCACUUGAAGACUAUAGCCUACAGCUGCUUCAAUGUAUUUUGUAAUUAGAUUAAAACAAAUCAUAUUUGGAUUUUCUAAACGGUUUAUUGCUGUUUCUGUAUGUUUUAAACAUAAUCAUCUGCUCAAAUUCUUGGUACAGAUACUUUCUCUGGACAUUUUGAUUCAUUGGUCUGCAAUUCCUGAUAUCCUACCUAAAUCUGCUCUUCUGCUAUUUGAAUUCAUUGCUUCUUCUCUGUCUACCACUAGAUCAGCCAAAAUCAGCUUUUCACAGCAAUAUAGAUAAGCGUUAGCUAAUGCUUGCAGGAACACCCCCACCCCCAUAUUCUGCUACUGAAUGUGGGUUUUUUCCACUUUAAAUUUGCUUACAGAUACAGUGGUACCUCGGGUUAAGUACUUAAUUCGUUCCGGAGGUCCUUUCUUAACCUGAAACUGUUCUUAACCUGAAGCACCACUUUAGCUAAUGGGGCCUCCUGCUGCCGCCGCACUGCCGGAGCACGGUUUCUGUUUUCAUCCUGAAACAAAGUUCUUAACCUGAAGCACUAUUUCUGGGUUAGCGGAGUCUGUAACCUGAAGCGUAUGUACCCCGAGGUACGACUGUACUAUUUCUUGAAGGGGGGCCCUGAACAGUGGGCAAAGUUAAUGUUCUAUGUGAACACCAGAGGGCAGCAUAUAUGCUAACACGCAGGCUGCAAUCCUAAACCCACCUUCAAUGGAGUAAGCUACUAGGUCAGUGUGCUGUGGCACCCUGGGCUGCCUUGAAUACUGGUCGGGUGCUGCGUGCAACACUGGCCUCUGUCCCUUUCUCCUUCCUCCUCCGAUGCCCUCGCACUCUCACGCGUCUGCCUCCCAAAGGCUUGCACAGCUGUUUGUUGCAGCAGCCCUGGCUGCAAGCUCCCCAGGGGAAUGGUGCCUGGGGCUCCCAACAUGGCAAACAAAUAUAUUCACUCUGCUGACACUGAGAGCUCAGAAAGAUUAGCCACGUCCCAGUGGGCUCAAGAAGGAACAAUUUAUUGCCCCACCAUAUAUAUAUGGCAUUUAUAUGUGACUAAAUCAUUAGCGUACAUAAAAAUAACUCUACAGAGAAUAAAAGAAUAAAAGCAAAGCUGAGAAUAUAAAAAAGGGGAAAGCAUAGGUCCAUGUUUUCCAUUUCAGACAGUGUCCAGUAUGGUGUCAUCGGUCAACUGACUUCUGCUUAAAUAAAAAAUAGAUUAAAUUGC